UUACUAGCCCCUCGAUUCACUACAAAUUCGUGGCAAUUUGACGCAGAGCCAGCUGCUUACUGAUGGUUUCUCAAAAAAUUUGUGUCUGAUCAAGUUUAUACUUUAAAGAUCACAAGAUGUUGGUCUUCUGUGAUAUUUUCGACUUCAAAGUACUUAUACUUGCCUGUUUACUGGCAUUUUUACCAAACAAUUUAGCGAACGAAGCGGACGAAGGCGCGGUAUCACUUACCCGACAAAACAUUGAUAUGACGCUCGUAUCGAACGAAUUGGUAUUUAUAAAUUUUUACGCACAAUGGUGCCGUUUUAGUAACUUAUUAGCCCCCAUUUUUGAGGAAGCAGCAACUAGGAUAAGGCGCGCUUUCCCCGAACCGGGGACGGUAGUUAUGGCAAAAGUAGAUUGCGAUACGGAACCCGGCAUCGCCUCGAGGUUUCACAUCACUAAGUACCCGACCCUGAAAGUCAUCAGAAAUGGCCAACCAACCAAGAGGGAAUACAGGGGUCAGAGAUCUGUGGAGGCCUUCGAAGAAUUUAUUAAGAAACAGAUGGAGGAUCCGAUAAGGGAGUUCUACGAGUUGAAGGAACUGUUGAAUUUGGACGACAAAAAACGGAUGAUCAUUGGUUACUUCGACACCAAGGAUGUUCCUGAGUACAAGAUGUUCAGAAGGGUCGCCACCAACCUCAAAGAUGACUGCCAAUUCCAUAUUGGCUUCGGCACUUGCUCUGCUCAAAACUGUGACAUUGGAGAACAUUUUCACUUGGUGAACGCAACCAGAUCCAUGCAUCCCCCGGGACAACCCAUUAUAGUCUUCCGAUCGGAUAAAGCCCUCUCGAACGACGAGGACGAGACCUACAAAGGUAGCCUGCAUAACUUCGACGAACUGAAUGUUUGGGCACAAGAGAAGUGUGUUCCCCUUGUGAGGGAAAUUACAUUUGAGAAUGCUGAAGAGUUAACGGAGGAGGGUCUACCGUUCCUCAUAUUGUUCCAUGCCCCCGAUGAUGUGGACACCAUUAAAAUGUACAAAGACGUAGUAUCAAAACAGUUGAUAGAUGAGAAACAACACGUGAAUUUCCUAACUGCGGAUGGUUUAAAAUUUGCUCAUCCCCUUCAUCACUUGGAGAAGACACCAGCAGACUUGCCUUUGAUCGCUAUAGAUAGUUUUAGGCAUAUGUACCUGUUCCCAAACUUCAACGAUAUCCACGUAGAAGGAAAGCUUAAAGCUUUCCUGAAGGAUCUGUAUUCGGGAAAGCUGCACCGGGACUUCCACAUGGGCCCGUCACCAAGCAAAAACGAGAUACAACAGAUCGUAGGACAAAUCAAGGUGCCUACAACCCCACCGGAGUCCACGUUCAAGAAGUUAGCACCCAGUAAAAACAGGUACACGUUACUCAGGGAUGAACUUUAAUGUUAUAGUGAACACAUGGACAAGCAACGUAUGCAUAAUUUUGGUUACGCGAUUUGUUAGUUAUUUUACAGUGAUGCAAUCCAAAUCCGUUGUAUUAUUAUUAAAUCGAAUUAUAUCGAUCGACGUUACAUCGCGCGUUUAAGCAUUCUACGUAUCAGUUUAUACAGUAUUCUAAUUAAACGAUGAUUUAGUGUACAUUAAAAAAAAAUAGGAAUGAAAGUCUCGUUAUUUAAGGAAAGCUAUGCAUAUAAUAUACAUAUGUAUAAAAUCCCAGCGAACACAAAUCUUACGCCUCUACCAAAUGUUUUAUACACAACUACUAAUCUACACUCUAACCUGUAAAGAAUUGCUCGAUCACGUAUAAAUCAGGACCUUCGUAGAGAAAUUUUUCGUAAUAGCAGAUUUCAUUCUAUUUUUACAUAACGCCAUGCUUUUUAUAUUCACUUUUGUUCCGUAUAUGAAUCGCUAUUCGAAACCCAAUCACCGAACGACAGCGUUUAGAGAUCGCAGGGACAUGCGUUAACAAUUAAACGAAAACACCUAUAACACAUAGCUCACGAAAUAAUGCUAAGGAAAAGAUACGGGGAUUAAGGAUAAAAAUAAUAAAAUGAAGAUAUUACCUAUCCAUAGGCGACCUACUGUAAUAUAUCGUUUUCUAUAAGCGGAGAGUUAGCUCGACUGCACGUUAGACCUCUCGAGAGUACUGAAUCCAUCUUACCUUGGCAAGAUGGCUGCGAUAUAACGGACUUUGGUCCCAUGGGUACCCCAUGCAACUAUCCUUGGCAGGAAGCGUUUAUCGAACGAUGCAUUUAUUUAAAAAUUACCGAAAAAAAUAUACGUCAAACAUUCGAAUGUAUAUUUAUAGAAACGCUAUAGUAGAUUCGUGCAAAGACGUGUUGCGACACUUCUAUUUUAUUAUUGCUUCGCUGUUGCUGACGACACUCGCGCGGGUCCGAUUUGGCAAUAAUAUCUAUAAUAGAAUCAUAGUCACGCCAAAUACACUUUUCGCCAAGGAUAGUAGUUCACGAGUUAAUAAGAUUUUUGGUAAUUAGGAAUAAUUCUUAAGGCGUUCACCUUUUGAUACUUCGUAGUUAUUAGAUGCACGAAUGAAUAAUGCAACGUUUCCAAGGAGACUCGAGGUUUAUCGUCAAAGAUUAUAGUUUCUCUCGAUCGAUCAUCUAUUUAAAAUCCUUCGAAAAUCUCUUUUUUUCAACGGCGAAUCUUCGAUCUCGAUGAUCUAUCGAGCAACCGUCGACAUCGAACGCGUGCUAAUUUCAUUUUGCCUCGCUCGAGAAUGCCUCGAAUUAUUCGUUUGUCUAUCUGAUACUCGUCCCCCGAGGUUUCCUCUAGCACGAAAGAAAAACAAAAGAAAAAGAAAUCAAAUCGCGGCACUCGGCUCUGUGUGCAUUUGGAUAAAGGUUGUCUAGAAACGAUAAACGACGAACGAGAUCGAGCGCUCGUGCUCGAUUAUUAUCCAUCGGCUAUCGAAGUUCUCUGAGCGCGGGAGAGAAUGCGAAUUUUUCGAAGAACGUCUGUUUUAAUUUAGGGUAAUCGCUUCUUGGGCAAAGUAUUUUUUAGAAUCGAGUGGUGCCGAAACGUGUUUGCGAUAGAAUUCACGAGCUAGCGAUGAGAUUGAUUUGAUACGGUGCUAGGCAGCGCCGGAGAUACACCUGAGAAGCUAACUUGUAUGGAUGAUGGUAUUAAUUUCUCUGUUAAUAAAGAAUUUCUAAGUCAGGCA